AUGAAGGUGAUUAUUGUUGGAGGUGGUAUCGGUGGCCUCGCGACUGCGAUUGGGCUGCGUCGUGCUGGUCACCGCGUCAAGAUAUUUGAACGGUCUUCGUUCCUCCACGAAAUCGGGGCAGCUAUCAACAUCUGUCCAAAUGCCGCUCGGGUUCUCUCACACUGGGGAUUUAAUGUUGAACUAGCCCGCGUGGUGACCGCACGGCAGUCUAUCGUAGCAGCUGGAAGCUCGCUCAAACCAUUGGCGGAGGUAGACUGCUCAAAGUGUGAUGAGGUUUAUGGUGCACCGUGGCUGCUGGCCCAUCGAGUCGACCUGCAUUCGGAGUUACAACGUCUCGCUACAGCUCAAGAGGGACCUGGAAUACCAGCAGAUAUCGUCUUGAACUCAAAGGUCGUUGGAUACGACGCUUCUGAGGGAUAUGUAACGCUGGCCGACGGGUCUGUCCAUGGAGCGGAUCUCAUUGUCGCAGCGGACGGAGUACAUACAUCCGCGAUCCAUCAUGUUAAUGGCCGCGCAACACGGCCAGUUGCCACCGGCUCAGCAGUGUUUCGCUUCCUGCUCUCAACCGAGGAGUUGCCAGACGAUCCUAGUCUAGAGCCACACUUUGGUGAUGGUCUUAUGAGGAUUAUGGCUGCGGAGGGUGUGAGGCGGUUGGUUUGGUAUCCAUGUGCUAAUAACACGGUGCAAAACUUUGUGGGAAUACACCCAGAUCAGCAUACUAACGGUCACGAACAAGAAUCCUGGGAUCGGUCCGCCAAUGUUGAUGAUGUUCUGGCGCAAUACCAUGACUUCCAUCCUAGCAUUCUAAGCAUCAUUAGGAAGGCGACAAAUAUCAAGCGGUGGCCACUCCUGUACCGAGAGCCCGUGCCAACUUGGAGCCGUGACCGUCUAGUUCUUAUUGGGGACGCAGCCCAUCCUAUGUUGCCUCACCAAGGCCAAGGUGGUGCCCAGGCUAUCGAGGAUGCAGGUGCAUUGAGUGUGAUCUUCACCCAGUUGCCCACUGAACCCACAGCAGAUGAGAUCCGCGACCGUCUAGCAGUAUUUGAACGGGUCCGCAUCAAGCGCGCGUCGGCGAUACAAGUCACAUCAAAUGUUGGACAGGACGAAGCGUGGAAGAUCCGGGAACACGCACAGAAAUAUAUGCCAGAAGGUGUCGAUGUGCCUACCUCGCCAUCCGAGUUCAUGGAGCAUAACUUCCGUUAUGACGUGCUCCAGGAUAGUCGGCAGCAUCUCGAGGCCUUCUUGGUGAAGAGCUAG